AAAUAUCGAUACACCGAUAUCACAAACACUAACCCUGUGUACGUGUUUGUUUGUGGUGGUUGCAAUAAAUUUGUUUGUGCGUAGAAAGUGUAAAUUAUUACAACGAAAAACGCAAAAAUUCUGCACGAUAUAAAACACUUGCAGUUUGCCAACUGAAUACGCAGCAGAAUGGACAUCAUGGACAUACAGGCUGUCGAAUCGAAGUUAAGUGACGUCACAGUGACACCAAUACCACGCUCGCAAGUACAAAACUUUUACAACUAUCAGCAGCAGCGCGAACAGCGCGAACAACAGCCCCAAAUACAAAUAUCUGCAAUACAUCAUUCACGCAGCGGCGCCAGCAGCACUGGCAGCAACAAUAACAUGACCGCCACAGAUUAUGCGACCAGCAGCAGCAGCGGCGGCGGCGCCGGCGGCAGCGGUGGCAGCAGCAAACGUGACCGCAACAAUGCACAGAGCAGCGCCGCAGCGACAGCAGCAGCAGCAGCUGCCGUUGCCGCAUUGCAGUAUUCGCCACAAUUUCUACAGGCACAGCUGGCGCUGUUGCAGAAACAGUCGAACACCACUGCCACACCGUCAGCCUCGACGGCCGCUGCGGCGGCCGCGGCGGCCCUAUCGCUGGCUAACAUUGCAGCCGCCAGCAAUGGGCGCAACCUCUCGAACUCGGCCAACAGCGGCAACAGCAACAGCAAUGCCAAUGCCGGCAGCAGCAGCAGCACAAUUAAUCUGGGCUUGAAUCUCACACAAUCACAGCUCAAAUAUCCGCCGCCAUCGACCUCGCCGGUGGUUGUUACCACACAGACAUCAGCGAAUAUAACAACGCCGCUGACCUCCACUGCCAAUCUGCCGACGGCGGGCAGCAUGGUCGGUGGCAAUGGGCUGAGCAAGUAUGCCCAGCUGCUGGCGGUUAUUGAGGAAAUGGGCCGUGAUAUAAGACCCACAUAUACGGGCUCGCGCAGCUCCACGGAACGCUUGAAGCGUGGCAUUGUCCAUGCACGGAUUCUGGUGCGCGAGUGCCUUAUGGAAACGGAGCGUGCCGCGCGUCAAUGAGAGGAGGAGGAGUGCGGCAGCGUGCCGCCAUUGACGUCACCGGAUUAAGCUCUACACCAUAAAAUACACUACACUACAAAAACACAAGCACUUGACAUGGGCAUGGUGAAAAAUAUUCUAGCAUUUAAGUGUGACCAGACUAAUGGCAAUGAAAGCCAAUUAUAUUCAAGAGAAUUUCUUUACGGUUUUUUUUUUGUUUUGCCCUCCAAACAACACAAUUUCAAGAACUAGGCGAAUUUAUGUUCGAAGCUUAAAAAACUAUUAUAUAUUGAUGCUUCUUGAGAUCUGUUCCUAUAUACCAUAACACAUUUUCUAUGCAAACGAAUACUGUGUGGUCCAAUACUGAU